GUGUCAAAAGCUAACGACAGUUGGGUGUAUUGUGUGAGCAAAACCGCGUCUCUGUUGUCUACGUCCGCGAGUAUGGGUCUUUACUGCUGGGUGCUGACCCUAUUAACGGUCGGAGUUGGUGUAGCUUCAGCCCAGAAAGAUUGGUGGGAAACGGCAAGCUUCUAUCAGAUCUAUCCACGAUCAUUUCAAGAUAGCAAUGGCGAUGGAAUUGGAGACUUGAACGGCAUAGCCAGUCGGCUACAAUAUCUAAAGUCGCUGGGCAUGACGGGGUUCUGGCUUUCGCCAAUCUAUCCCUCACCUAUGGCUGACUUUGGGUAUGAUAUUUCCAACUUUACCGACAUUCAUCCAAGCUUUGGCACGAUGGCAGAUUUCAAGCGACUCGUAGAAGAAGCGAAAAAACUGCAACUCCGCGUCAUCCUCGAUUUCGUGCCGAACCAUUCAAGUGACGAACACGAAUGGUUCAAGAAGAGCGUUAACCGUGAAUCCGGGUUUGAGGAUUUUUACGUCUGGCAGGAUCCCAAACCGGGAACGGUUCGUGAUCCACCGAAUAACUGGGUUGCAGCAUGGUACGGGUCGGCAUGGGAAUGGAACGACGAUCGAAAGCAAUUUUACCUGCAUCAGUUUCAUGCGAAGCAACCGGAUCUGAAUUACCGCAAUCCUGCCGUGGUGCAGGCGAUGAAGAAUGUGCUACGCUUUUGGUUGGACCAGGGAGUGGAUGGAUUUCGAGUCGAUGCUGUCCCAUGGUUGUUCGAGACGGUCGGCUUCCCGGACGAACCCGUAAGCGGUCAAUCAAGCGAUCCGUUAAGUCAAAACUACCUUAAUCAUAUAUACACCCUCGACCAACCGGAAACCGUGGACAUGGUGUAUCAAUGGCGUGAGCUACUGGAUCAGUACAAGCAGGAGCAUAACACUACUACCAAAGUGCUCAUGACGGAGGCCUGGUCGUCUUUGGAUGUUGUAAAAACGUACUUCAACGACAGUAACAAUCGCCAAGGAUCGCAGAUGCCGUUCAACUUUCAAUUGAUCAUGCGCCUGGAUAGCAAUUCGAAGGCAACCGAUUUCAAGAAGGUGAUCGACUCGUGGAUUAAUAUUAUUCCACCCAACCAUACGCCCAACUGGGUGCUAGGAAAUCACGACAAACGACGUGUUUCAUCGCGCAUGGGAGGAGAUCACAUGGUUGACAUAAUGGCUAUGAUCGAACUGACACUUCCCGGUAUAACGGUCACCUACCAGGGAGAAGAAAUUGGAAUGCACGACGUAGACAUAUCCUGGAAAGAUACGCAAGAUCCCGCUGCAUGCCAACUGACUGAAGACACUUAUCAGGAAGGAACACGCGAUCCGGCUAGAACUCCGUUUCAGUGGGAUGCUACUGCAAAUGCUGGCUUCACCAACGCCUCAGUAAAGCCGUGGCUUCCACUAGCUGAAGAUUAUCCGCUGGUGAAUGUGAAAGUACAGCAAGAAACCACCCAAAACAGCCAUUUGAAAGUGUUCAAGGAGCUGAUGAGUUUGCGUGGCACCAACGCACUCAUCUGGGGUGAUUUCAAAUCACAAGUGCUUGGAACCAAUGUAUAUGCGUUAACACGUUCAUUCCCAAACGAUAAGCGGUCAUAUGUUGUGCUAGCUAAUAUUGGCUCCACAGUCGAAACGGUAGACGCCACAAAGGUGGACACCACUUUGCCCAAUAGUCUUGUGUUUCGCGUGGUGAGCGUAUCAUCAAAACGCAAACCAGGAGAGACUGUUACAUCAAACAAUAUUCAAUUGCAAGCUUACGAAGCAGUUGUGUUAAGCAAUGGUACACACAGGUUGAGGCAAAGCUUUACCAUGUUGGGUGGUGUUAUUGUAAUAAUGAUGUUAGUUACUUUGUUUAAACUGUAAAGAUAAACUGUUACUUUUACAAAUGAAGGAAAAAUAAAAUUUGAUUAUAUCCCACUUGAA